UCCAUUGAUGAGAUAGACUCGGUGCGUAAGGGCCGUCAGUCGGAGGGUCUUCAGAAGUACACAGAGGCCCACGUGGAGGACCGCUGUUUCUCCAUCAUCUUUAAGGGCCGCAGGAGGACCCUGGACCUGGUGGCUCCCUCGGGGGAAGAGGCUAGGCAGUGGGUCAAUGGUCUGGAGAAGAUCACCUCCAACCGGAGGAAACUCAACCGCCAGCAGACGAGCGAACAGUAUCCUCUUUUGUGAAUCUGCUUGCAUUGCAAAUCACAACUAAUACGUUGUUUAGUUACUUGGGGUUACAAAUCAAAAGAUAGUGUUCAGCCUAUACAGUCAAGUGGAUUCCCAUCUAUAAUGGGUCAAAAGUUAAGCAACUGGUGUCCAACUGUCUCUGUUGAAUGAUUGAUCCUUAAAUCUGGGCGUAUUAAAGCUGGAUCUUCAACUGUAUGAGGAGAGCAGACAAGAACAAGGACAACAAGAUGACUCUGAAGGAGCUGAAACACUUCCUCCGCCAGAUGAACAUCAAGGUGGAUGACACGUACGCUGAAGUGCUGUUCGCAGUGAGUGGACAGCUUCUGUUGGUCAAUGACUUACAAGGAUGGUGUUAUAGAAGCUGUACAGGCAGCUCUUAAUGCAGUUCUGUCAUGUUCCUGUAUGUAUAUGGGUUGCAUUUAAGGUUCUGCUAUGUCUCAAAGCAUUUUAUUAGUCUGAGGAGGACCUCAAUGUACUGUAUCUCGUUAGUAAAGUACUGUUUUGUUAAUGAUCUUGUCCUACAGAAAUGUGACAAGUCUAACUCGGGCUCCCUGGAAGGUCCUGAGAUCGAACACUUCUAUAACCUGCUGAUACACCGCGAGGAGAUCGAUGUGAUCUACAGGAAGUACGCCUCCACGGGGGAGCAGAUGAGUGUCAAAGACCUGCUCAACUUCCUGCUGAACGAGCAGCGUGAGGUGGCCACCAUGGAGGACGCUGUCGGACUCAUAGAGAGAUAUGAGCUGGACGACUCAGGUGAGGAGAGAUGCUGUGGUACUGACUCAAUACGAGCUGGAUGACUCAGGUGAGGAGAGAUGCUCAGUUCACACAAACAUAAACUCACUGAGUGUACAAAACAUUAAGAUCACCUGCUCUUUCCAUGACAGACUGACCAAGUGAAUCCAGGUGAAAGCUAUGAUCCCUUAUUGAUGUCACUUGUUAAAUCCACUUCAAUCAGUGUAGGUGAAGGGGAGGAGACAGGUUACAGAAGGAUUUUUAAGCCUUGAGACAAUUGAGACAUGGAUUGUGUAUGUGUGCCAUUCACAGGGUGAAUGGGAAAGACAAAAGUGCCUUUGAACGGGGUAUGGUAGUAGGUGCCAGGCUCUGUCAAAUGAGUUGUUGAUCAUUGCUAGACAACCAUUUUCAAGUCUAAGUCAUUUUCAAAACUGUAACUCGGCCACUUAGGAACAUUCACUGUCUACUUGGUAAGCAACUCCAGUGUAGAUUUGGCCUUGUGUUUUAGGUUAUUGUCCUGCUGAAAGGUGAAUUCAUCUCCCAGUGUCUGGUGGAAAGCAGACUGAACCAGGUUUUCCUCUAGGAUUUUGCCUGUGCUUAGCGCCAUUCAGUUUCUUUUUUAUCCUGAAAAACUCCCUUAAAGAUUACAAGCCAUAACACCCAUAACACAGUGGCGGUCGGUGCCAUUUACGAUCAGGCCGAUUCUUUUUUUAUGAGUGUGACGGAUGAUUUGGAUGGAGUCAGGCAUAAGAGGGUAAAUCUCAGAAUAAAUGGUUUAUCCGGUAAGACAGCGGUACGCAGCAAUACGUAAAACACUCCAGUGCGGUAAAUACGCCGCACUGGAGAAAACAAGGCACACGGGUGAAUAUCCUGGAAAUACAAAAUACAAAGAGCUCCACCGAGCUAUAGUAACCUCCACAAUAAACAAUCAUACACAAAGACAAGGGGGGCAGAGGGAAUACUUAUACAGGUACUGGUGAGGGGAUAUGAACCAGGUGUGUGUAAUUAACAAGACAAAACAAAUGGAAUGAUGAGAUGAGGAGCGGCAGUGGCUAGAAGGCCGGUGACGACGAACGCCGAAGCCUGCCCGAACAAGGAGAGGGAGGCAGCUUCGUAGGAAGUCGUGACAAUGAGCAUGGCCUUAUUUCUAUUACAGCAUAUUGGAUGACUGUCAUUCAUAUUCCAUUCACCCAGUUCAAUGUAACAUCGAUAGGUUUAGGUUACUACAUUAUACUCACAUUUUCCCUAUACCCAUCAUGAGGUUGCUACAACCUAGCCUAUGAAUUAAAGUUUACAACGUAGGUGCACAGGUUGAGAGAAUUAUUUUAGUAAUGAAGGUGACAGACAGUUACACAUUCAAUACCACCUUGCACACUCUGGCCUGCAUCUAGCUGAUCUAGGGUGUAAUCAUUAGCCAAACAGUUGCAAACUAGAGUUUCUAUUGGACAAAUGGAGGUAUGUGUAUCCACAUUUCAUUCCGUUUGCUUCCUUUUAAGAAACAUUUUUCAACAGAAUCAGUGUAAUGAAUUCAUCCCUGAUCACACGCAAACACAGUUGAGUUUUAUAGCAGCCACAUACAAACAGCAUGAUCACUUUUCUUGUUAAUUCCAUCUUGCAUCUAUGCGCUGUCUGUGACUAGACGAAAACACCUUUCCAAGCCAAACCUUCAUACCAUAACCGCUAACCACUACACACAGACUACAUCGUUGUCACCAUAUUAGCUAACGUCAUAAUCAACAUAGCUACUAGAACUAAUGCGUUAGUAAACCUGCUACAAUCAUGCAGUACAGUGUACAGUCAGCAAGCAGUUUAGCAGUUACACCGGUGGGCCCCGGUGGCAAUAAAUUAAUAAAAACAAAAGCUUACCUUGACUUGGAAAAGUUCCUGUGUUGGAUAGCCAUAGCCUGCUAGCUAACAUGGCAUCCCUCUCUGUUUGAGUAAGCUAAAAGUGAAGAAGAAUAAUCUCAUUGCAAAACAGUGUUUUAAUCAAUUAUUUGGGACGUGAAUAUAUUUAGUAUAGUUUUAUCUAAAAAUGAUCACUUUUGUAAUGUUUCACUUUUUUUUUCUUCUGAAAUUCACUGAGGAGGAUGGUCCUCCCCUUCCUCCACCGUUAUCCUGGUCCUGAGGAGGAUGGUCCUCCCCUUCCUCCACCAUUAUCCUGGUCCUGAGGAGGAUGGUCCUCCCCUUCCUCCACCGUUAUCCUGGUCCUGAGGAGGAUGGUCCUCCCCUUCCUCCACCGUUAUCCUGGUCCUGUGUAGCUCAGUUGUUAGAGCAUGGCGCUUGCAAUGCCAAGGUUGUGGGUUCGAUUCCCAUGGGGGACCAGUAUGACAAAAGUAUGAAAUGUAUGCACUCACUAACUGUAAGUCGCUCUGGAUAAGAGCGUCUGCUAAAAUGACAAACAAAAGAAAUAAGAUGAUGGAGCCGCCACCAAGCAUACCCAUAAUACACUUUCUCCUCUGAGGAGCCUCCACUGCCAUAACAUGAUGCAGACGCCACCAUGCAUACCCAUAAUACACUUUCUCCUCUGAGGAGCCUCCACUGCCAUAACAUGAUGGAGCCGCCACCAUGCUAUGUGUUCUAUUGCAUUUGCCCCAAACAUAACACUUCCUAUUCAGGACAAAGAGUGAAUUGCUUUGCCACAUUUUUUGCAGCAUUACUUUAGCGCUUUGUUGCAAACAGGAUGCAUGUUUUUGAAUAUUUUUUAUUCUGUACAAGCUUCCUUCUUUUCACUAUGUCAAAUAGGUUAAUAUUGUCGAGUAACCACAAAGUUGUUGAUCCAUCCUCAGUUUUCUCCUAUCACAGCCAUUAGACUCUGUAACUGUUUUAAAGUCACCAUUGGCCUCAUGGUGAAAUCCCUGAGUGGUUUCCUUCCUCUCUGGCAACCUAGUUAGGAAGGACACCUGUAUUUUUGUAGUGACUUGGUUUAUUGAUAGCACCAUCCAAAUUGCAAUUAAUAACUUCAUCGUGCUCAAAGGGAUAUUCAAUGUCUACUUUUUUUUAUUUUUACCCAUCUACCAAUAGGUGCCCUUCUUUGCGAGGCAUUGGAAAACCUCCCUGGUCUUUGUGGUUGAAUCUGUGUUUAAAUUCGCUGCUCGACUGAGGGACCUUACAGAUAAUUGUAUGUGUGGGUACAGAGAUGAGGAGUCAUUCAAAAAUCAUGUUAAACACUAUUAUUGCACACAGAGUGGGGACAUGCAACGUAUUAUGUGACUUGUUAAGCAAAUUGUUUACUCCUGAACUUAUUUUGGCUUGCCAUAACAAAGGUGUUGAAUACUUAUUGACUGAAGACAUUUCAGCUUUUAAUUAUUAAUAAAUUAGUAAAAUAUUUGAAAACAUAAAUCCACUUUGACAUUAUGGGGUAUUGUGUGUAGGCCAGUGACAAAACAAUCUCAAUUUAAUCCAUUUUAAAUUCAGGCUGUAACACAACAAAAUGUGUCAAGGGGUGUGAAUACCUUCUGAAGGUAGUGUAUAUCUGAGAGACCUAUUUCACAAGACCCAACCCCCUAUCUCAUUCUGUCCCCUGUCCCCCCGCCCAGCUAAGCAGAAGAAUCACAUGACCAAAGAUGGCUUCCUGAUGUACCUGCAGCAGGAGGAGGGGUCUAUCUUCAACCCCGCCCACAAGGAGGUGUUCCAGGAUAUGAGCCAGCCAAUCAACCACUACUUCAUCAGCUCCUCCCACAACACCUACCUGAUGGAAGACCAGCUCAAAGGCCCAAGCAGCACAGAGGCCUAUAUCAAG